GGCAGAGAGUGUAGCUUCUCCAAAUAUUGAACAUAAGCUGAGCGUGUACAAAUAUAAAAAGGGAUAUUCUGGGAGCAGUCAAGAAGAAGUUCACAAUCUAAAUGUCCUGCUGAAAUAGUCUGGAGCGAUGGAUUCUCCAGAGUUCUCCCUAUUAUCGUCUUUACGGGGAGAGUUUAAAUCAGAAGAUUAUAUCCAACCUCACUAUAAGGAGGCUUAUCGCCUGGCCAUCGACUGCCUGGUGAAAGACGGCAGAGACAGCUACCAGGAGUUUCUCAAGGGAGAACGUGUUGGGAGCUUCCUGUCUGAGGAUGAGAUUCUCUUCAUCACUGCAAAUGUGCAGCAGCUACCACCUCAAAACCACGCAGAGGAAACCAAUGGAGCACCAGACACUCAAUCAUCCUCAGGGACGUAUUGGCCUGUCCACUCAGAUGUGGCCGCACCGAAUUUGGACUUGGGCUGGCCGGAGGUCAUGCACGAAAAGCUGCAGACAAAUAUCGAUCUGCUCUAUCACCCCCCCAGACAAAACAGUCCAACUGUCAAAGAAAUGAUCCGAAAGCGAAUUCAGGAAGCCAGACAGGUUGUUGCCAUUGUGAUGGACAUGUUCACUGAUGCAGACAUAUUCAAGGAAACUGUUGAAGCUUCUAUACGUGGAGUCCCAGUCUACGUGCUUUUGGAUGAUUUCCACUUGAAAAGUUUCCUCAAAAUGGCUGAAAAUCAAGACGUAAAACUUCAACAACUAAGAAACAUGAGGGUGCGCACCGUGAAAGGUCAGGAUUACCUCUGUCAAUCAGGAGCUAAAUUUCACGGGGCAAUGGGGCAGAAGUUUCUUUUAGUCGACUGCCACACUGUGAUUUAUGGCUCAUACAGCUUCACUUGGUCGUUUGAGAAGCUCAAUCUGAGCAUGGUUCAGGUCAUCACAGGCCAUCUGGUGAAGUCCUACGAUGAGGAGUUUCGAACACUCUACGCCCGCUCGACUGUGCCAGCUGAACUGCGUUCCUCAGAGGCCUUGUUUCAACGCAACGGGCCACAUGGGCUUCUGUCGACAUCUCAUUCUACACCUAAAAUUGAGCGCAAUGACCAGUUGAGACACACUCUGGACACAGUCUAUCGGAAGACCUGCGAGAGGAACUUUGGCUCCAGACGUUUUGAGGACAAGCUGCUUGAAGAAGAGGGUAGCACUCUCGGUCCCAUGAUUGAGAAUGGCAUCGGCGUUCACAAUCACGUGCCGCAAUUUCAUUCUCCAGACACAAUGAAUUUCUUGAAAAGGCACAGCUAUGCUGGCGAGAGACAAGAUGGGUUCUCCCCACAGAACAUCAGGCCAAGAGCUAGCAACUGGAAUAUAUCUAGAGAUACUGUAAACGGACCAAACAACUACGCUAUGGAUAAUUAUUUACAAGUGCCGCAGAUGCACAGAGGUCAAAACAUGCGUCAGUCCUACAAUGGUAAUGAUAAACAGGUUCUAUCAAUGCAGCAGAACAUGCCAACACUGGAGAAUACAUCCAAGUCGUUCAUGCGCACAUGGAGGAUUGAGUCUUACCUUAAAAACCCGGAUGUCUCUUUUGGGAGCUCUUGUGACUAUUUGGACCAGUUUGAACAACAGGACAAAGCGAACAACUUCAUGCAAGGAAGGAUGAGGUCCUCUCUUGUUUUCAGGUCCACCAUACCUGAACAAAUGGAGCCAAACACGCACAUAAACAGCACUCCUGCUGGUCUGAGCCCCUCAGCAGCCACAAACACACCAUUUCACUACUCAUCGAUGCAGUGGAGUCCAACCGACAACAGAGGAAAUAACGAAGAGUUCAUGUUAAAGAGGCAAAAUUCACAGAUUUUGGAUGACCUUCACAGUAAUGCGGGUUAUGGUCCAGGUAGAACCUCUUACCUCUCCACAUAUGCCAGCUUAGGCAGAAAUAAGGGCACACAGAUCAUCACAAACCCUGAUAUCCUGACUGACAGUUGGAACAAAAGGCAUAGCGUGGCAGAUCCGAGAUCAAACACUGAGUUCACGCAUGAAUCAUCAGGUCAGAUGCGUGGAGCUUUUACAAGGAAGCAAGUGAAUAGAAGCACUGCAGGAAUCAAUGAGCAUAAUGGGGGAUAUAGGUCAAAUCUGAAUGAAGAUCAGAGGUCUGUCUCUCAUUAUGAUGUCAAGAGUAUCACAAGCACAACGAGCCCCAAUGCUCACAUUUGGCAGGAUCCACCAUGCAGGACUGUGUCUGCAGCAGCCCUGGAUGUGAACAGUAAGGAUCUGAAAGACAAAUCCAGCAGUGCAGGCUCUCAUUCAUCUCAGCAUUUCCUUAAGAAGAGCUCCAAGAAAAUAAAAUCCUUAUUGAAUAUACCAGAGAAAAAAGAAGAUUCGAUUAGAAGCAUGGAAGCACUGAGUCUCAAAUCGGGUGAAAGCACAGACACCUUAACUGCUGAGGAUGACGAGAAAACAUCGUACGGUCAACGAAAACUUCACCACAGCACAACCAGCUCAGUCAGGUCCUCUUCGCGGGUUCAGAGGAAUGGGUUGGAAGACGACCAUUUGAAGUCCUCAAAGCCGCGAUUCAGAACAGAGGAGCUGCAAGAUCUACCGCAGGUGUGUCUCCCCAAAACUAGCGCUCAGAAGAAACCCACUGUUCUCGACAAAGGCGUGAGGUCCGGCCUCGAUGCAGGCAGCUGGAGCAAAGAUCGAGGACCUGAGAAUCGCAUGUACAGCCGGUUCGAGCCUUUCUGCUCAAUGGAAAAGAAACACCCUCUACGCAGUACACACAGCUUUGGAAGCACACACUCUCAGGAGAAAACCAAAAGCCCUUCUAAAGGUGAGAUAGCUAUUGAACACAGCUUUAGUCGGGCUUCACGAGGGCAACACGAGAACAGGCUGGAGAAAUUCUUUCACAGAAUGGGAAAUCUCAUAAACAAGAACAAAUAGUGACAAGCGCACAAUCUACACAGGUCACUUAUUACAAAAUCACACUGGACUGGUGACAUUUGCGUAUUAUUGGUAUUUUCUGUGUUUACUUGGGAAAAUGCUUUUAGGAAAAAGUUUACAUUUAAACCUCUGCUUUUUUUUAAUGUGUUUGAAUGCACUGAUGAAUGUCAAUGAAAAGAGUAUAUUUUAUAUGUAUAUAUGGGCCCGAUCUUUUUUUUUUUUUAAAGUUCAAAACACCCGUUAAACUGUCUUCAUGUCUGCUCUCAGCUGGUGUCAGCCUCUGCCAUAAAUUCAAACCCUGUCAAAAAGUAAUUGCAGAUGCAUUUACAAGUGUCAUAUGUAUAUAAUUUAUUGCUGCAGAUGUAGAUGUGUGCACAUACCAAAGAGCUGUUACUGUAGUCACAGGACAAUUCUACUUAAGACAAACUAACUACACUUGAUGAAAAACAUACAUACUGCACCACAUCUUUACCAUUUAUGUCAGACAGGCUGUGUGAAUGCUAAGGGGUUUGAAAUAAAAUUGUAAAGUACAUGUUUUGUUUUUGUAUAAUAAAGUUUUGCACAUUUUUUUC